AUGUGGACUGCGAAGAAAAUUUAUUUAUUUUUGAUUUUAAUUUGGCUCAUCGGUAUUUAUUUUAUUUCUGAUACAUUUUAUCCAUCGUUGCCAGAUAGUAACGAAACAAUUAAUGAUCGAAUCGAAUAUUUACAAACAGAAGUUGAUAGACUUCAAAAACAAAUAUUAAAAUUAGAAAAUGAUGCAAAAUCAAAUAGUGUACAAGGAAAUGUAAAUUCAAUUGACAAUUGUGAGAAGUUAAAUGACGAAUUACAAAAAAUAAAGCGACAAUUUGCAUCUAAAGAGACUGUUUCAUCAAAAUUUGAACCUAGUUUGGAAUAUGAACAAUUAAGACGAAGAAUUGAAAAACAAGUUCGUGAACAAUCAUACUUUAUAUUAAAUCAGUUAAAAAAUUUAAGUGAAGUGCAAAAUGUCAAAGAUAAACAACAUUGGAAAAAUGUAUUGAUUCGUUUUGGUGAUCAAAGUAGUUUGUUAUUGGCAUCAAUACGGAACUUAACAAACGUUGAUGGUUACAAUUCUUGGCGUGAAAAAGAAGCAAAACGUUUAUCUGAUUUAAUCCAAGCGCGUUUGAAAAAAUUACAAAAUCCGUCGACGGAUUGUUCUCAAGUCAAACGUCUUGUAUGUGAUAUAAACAAAGGAUGUGGAUAUGGCUGUCAAAUUCAUCACGUUAUGCACUGUUUUCAUAUUGCCUAUGCGCUCGGUCGUCCAUUAAUUCUAACAUCUAAAAAAUGGCAGUAUAACUCGGCUGGAUUUGAUACGACAUUUAAACCAUUAAGUGACAAAUGUACAACGCAAAUGACAGAUGGAAUUGUAUCUUGGUCAAAAUAUUACGAAUCAACUCAAGUUCUUGGAAUACCAAUAAUUGAUGCUUUUCAGCCACGCACAAAUUUUCUUCCGCCAGCAAUACCGAAAGAUUUAUCUGAUCGUCUCAUUAAACUAAAUGGAAAUCCAUUUGUUUGGUUUACAGGACAAAUAUUGAAAUAUUUAUUAAGACCACAACCUUGGUUAUCGAAACUAAUAGAGAGCAAACAUGUUCAAAUGGAAUUUGGUUCACCAAUUGUUGGAAUUCACGUUAGAAGAACAGAUAAAGUUGGUACUGAAGCUGAUUAUCAUGAAAUAAGCGAAUAUAUGAAAUAUGUUCAAGAAUAUUAUGCAAUUUAUCAAUAUCAAUAUCCAUCUUUGAAUCUUGUUAAACAUGUUUAUAUUGCCACUGAUGAUCCAUCUGUAUUCAAAGAUGCACGUUCAAAGUUUCCCGAAUACGUUUUUCACGGUGAUGCUGCUAUAUCACAAACGGCACAGUUAUAUUCAAGGUAUAAAACAGAAUCAUUAAAAGGCGUCAUAUUGGACAUACAUUUCCUCUCAUUAUGUGAUUAUUUGGUGUGCACGUUUUCAUCGCAAGUAUGUGAUAGUUAAUUCUUUAAAGUGGUUUAAGGGUGCUCCAGCUUUUUUCCAUCUUAUUGAUGGUCGUUCAAUUGAGUCCACAUUUAUAUCAGAGAUAGAACAUUGAGGAAUAAAGUUGACCUAUUUUUGCUUAAACUAAAAAUGUUUUCUAAAAAUCCAAUCUCUAAACUGGUUUACAUUACGAUCUCCCCAGAGCUUUAACCGAGUGAGCCGAAAGUUUGACUACAGAUAUCUAGAACAAACUCAAAAUCGCUUGUUUGCGUUUUUGAUUUUUCUUUCUCAAGUUAUAAAAGAAAGUCAUACGAAAAGCUCAAGAUUCUGAUCUUAAAAAUCCAACAAUUCAAGAAGCAAAAGUCAAAACUGAAAACAAUAAAUUUGAAGUGAAAGACUUUGAGUGGUCGUAAUUUGUAGCUGAGACUUUCCUCUAUGCUAGACUAUGUCCAACUAAAAAUUGAAGAUGUAUUCAGAGAAUGGAAGGAAGUACCCUUUAUUAGGCUUUUAGUUUACUUGAUCGUAUAAUUAUAAAAUUAUUGCUGCAUCAUAUAUUGAAUUUAAUCAUACACCAUAUUUGUUGAAUCAUAUGCGUAUAGAUUGUGUGAUACAAUAUCUGUUAAAUCAACAGUAUACAACAUGGUACUGGGA